AUGCCCGGCACGCACUUACUGCCGCCGAAUCUCCUCAAGCUCUUCGCACCGCGGCCACCUCUCCCAUACACGCGUCCCCUCGACAGGGACAUCGACCGCGUCAGACCCAAGCACGUCGAAGGCGUCGGAGGGGAAGAACCAGCAUUCACGUAUGCAGAACAGACAAAGCGGGAGGUGCGCAGAGAGGAGCGCAAGAAGAAAAGGGAGGAGGAGUACCAAGCUGCCAAGGAGACUGUGGACAAGCCCGCGGAUGACCCCGAAGCCGUCGGGGACCCAUACAAAACACUAUUCAUCGCUCGCCUGCACAAAAACGCCACUGAUAGCGACCUCCGCAGGGAAUUUGAGGGUUACGGCAGCAUCGAGCGGGUAAGGAUCGUCCGUGACAAAAAGGGACGAAGCAGAGGGUUUGCCUUCAUCGUUUUCGAGCGAGAGCGCGACAUGAAAGCUGCCUACAAGGAGUCGGACAGGCUGCAGAUCAUGGGCAAGCGUGUUCUCGUGGAUGUCGAGAGAGGGAGGACAGUGAGGGGAUGGAAACCCCGUCGACUGGGUGGUGGUUUGGGAGGCAGGCCCAAGCCAGAAGCACCAGCAGCAGCGCCGUUCAUAGGUGGCGGUGAUGGUGGUCGUGGCGGCGGCAGCCGUGGUGGCCGUGGGGGCGGCUUCAGAGGAGGCUUUGGCGGUGGCGGCUUCAGGGAUCGUGACGACUUUGGAGGUGGUCGUGGAGGCUUUGGAGGUGGCGGAGGACACAGGGGCCGUGGUGGAGGCAUCGGCUUCCAAGGCAGCGGUGGUUUCGGCGGCGGCGACCACGGAUCAAACGGGUACGGCGGUCCGCCCAAUGGACCUGGUGGAUUUGGCGGCCCUGGUGGAGGCUUUGGUGGGCCUCCCGAUGGCGGGCCAGGUGGGUAUGGUCCGCCUGGAGGAGGGUUCGGCGGUGGUGGUGGUGGUGGUGGAUUUGGGCGGGGUGGGUACCGCGGCGACCUCAAGCGCGAAGGCGGACCGGGAGGAUACGACGAUCGCGACGCAAAACGUCCACGGUACUAG